GAAAUUAUUGUACAUUCGUCAAUAUCACCAUAUGUGUGUAUGUUGGCUGAUUGGAUAUGAGGAACUGAUUUAUGGCAAUUUAUUCAACUAAUGAAAAGACUACAUUGAAAUACUACAGGCAACAUGGUAUCUGAAAACAUCGAUCUUUCUUAUCUGACGGUUGAAGAAAGGACAACGAUUCUUAAAGUUCUAAACAGAGAUGAGAAAAUCAGAGAAACUGAGGAAAAAAGAGUCAAAAUACUUCGACGAAAGUCAGUGAACUUCGAUAAAAAACAAUUGACUUUUCUGAAAAUAUUUACUGGCGAAUGGAUAAAAGAGGUAGCAACAAGAGGCAAGAACUUCACUCUAGCAGCCAGUGGUCUCGUUAGGACACAUCUCUUAACAACAACCGAAACAGUUACCACUGCACCGUUGGAAAUCAUAGAGACUACGACAGAUAUAAAUAAAGAGAAAAUCAAUACCACGAUCCAAGAACAGUCCAUCAACAGACCCAAGGACACUUCAGUAGUGGUUACCAUAGACGUCAAAGGCAAUGACGUGAAAAUUACAUCCAAAGUUGAUACCACUGCACCCCAAACUUCUCAAAUUGAAAAUUUAGCCCAGGAAAAACAACAAUUAAGCUCCGACGAGCACAUCGAAAAGAAACAGAUAGCCGAUAAGUCGUUCAGCGAAAGCGAAGAAGAAGGUUCUUCAAGUGCGAACGAUCCCAAAGAAACAUCUGAAAUAUCGAAAGAGUCUGAAACGCCACCAGAAAAUAAUUCGAAUGAAGAAGAUGAUGAUAAAGAAGGAAAAAGCAAAAUCGCCGAAUGGUUUUCAGACACGUUCUCCUCAUGGAAUAUUGGAAAGGACAAAAGUGAUGACGACCCCGAUGAAGAGGCGAAUGAAGAAACUAUCGUACCAACAAACGUAAGCAAUGAAAAUGUACCGAAAUCUGUUGGCAGAGACGAGAAAGAGACUAAAGAUAAAUUCGAAAACUUUGCGGACCUAAUAAGCACUGAAUUUGAUUCGACUUUUGCCCGAUUAGACGAAACUGUUGAUAAAAUCACCAUAAAAGAUUACGCAGAAAAUGAGCCGGAGGUCGUUCCUGUCAUUGUUCCAUCCGAAGAGUAUCAACCAGAUUUAUUUGGAAGGUUACUCGCGCAACAAACUGAUUACACACAUACAACGGCGAAACAAGAACAUAUGCAGUAUGAAAAAACACCCAAUAAAAUGAGUCACUUGGGUGAUGAGUUCAACCACGCCGACGUUGACAUAUGUAGAAGUUUGGAAAGCAUCACAGAUGAACCGUGUGAGAUUAACCUUUCAGAUUUACGCUCCGGAGAUACAGUAGAAACAGAAGGAAUUUUGCCAUCUGCAGCAACCAACGAAAUAUCUGCGACGACUACGCCAAAUUUAGAUGUUUAUAUUAGCAAUGUUAUAGAAACCCAACAAACAAUAUCUGCAGAAAAUUUGAUUCUGUCUACUGAUCAAGCAGAGGCAGACAUAAACUCUCCAAUUAAAUCGGAUAACGGUACAUUUUCAUUUGAAAGCAAAAAUACUGAAUGGGUUGAAGACAUUUCAACGUUUGAACAUGUCACUGAAACUAAUAGUGCGAAUGUGUUAGAAAACGCUGAUUUGGCGAAUGCUGACAGUAUUUUUAGCAGUGAUGGCCAUAAUGUCCAAACAACUCCUUAUUUACCAAUACCACUAUACACCGAUAAUUUGGCUCCGACAGGGUCAGUUUCAGAUGAUGGUUCAUACGGAGAUGAUCCUCUUUCUCUUGUAGAAUUUCUAGAUUCCAUACCAUCAACAGAUCAAAGCGAAGUGAAAUUCGAAAACAAAUUUGGCUUCGAAAAACAGUUAUCUAUUGACGAAAUCACAAGUUCGGAAUCGGUAUUGAAUGUGGUGGAAGAUCUUCUGGACAAUGUUGAAAAGUUGCAAUUUGAAAGUGAGUUGGCCGAUGAAAUUUUGACUGAAGACAACGGUUCACAACUCACAAAUCUCUUUAUUAAAGACGAGGCCGAUGAUGACAACAUCAGCAUUCCUGUGAAAGAAAUAUCGGAAAAGUUGUCUUCAGACUCUGGUGAUGUUCACGCUGUGAGUAAUGUAAUCGUUCAUCCGAGCGAACAGGCAGGUGAAAUAACUCAAUCGCAAACCACAAAUACAUAUAAUGUAAUUUCAGAUUCGGCAUUGAACCUUGCAGUCUCUCCAUCUUCUGCCGGAAUUAAAAUCGCUGCACAAUCAAAGGAUCUAACAUUGGAUGAGUCAACUGAGCAAACCAUUGACAUAACGGAUGUCGCUCAAGUACAGGAAGCAUCCACCUCAGCGAACGUCAAUGUAUCUCCUGAACAAACAACAGUGAUUCAAUGUGACGAUGAUGGAAAUGAUUUAUCAUCCGAAUACGACAACACAAGAGCAUAUAAUACAUUUCCACAAUUUGCGAUUCGUUCAGAUGUAGAUACAUCAGAACAAAAGAAAAUUGAAAUCUAUUCUCAAAAAUCCAAUGUUAAAGACAUUCCACAAAACUAUUUUCACGAUGAUAACACCGACUCAGUAUUACACAAAGAACACGAUCCUGAACCAAGUUAUGCUCCAGAAGAUUAUAUCGACUCGAUCGAAAAAAUUCUUGAAAAACAGAAAGAUAUUACCAAUAUUGAAGCUUCGGCAAUUUCUGAACAAUCUCCACAAGGCUCAGUAGAAAUACCCCUGCCUACGACUGUAGAAAGCAGCAGCUUAGUAAUAACAGGUGAAACAAUAUUAGACCAAGAUAUCGAGGAUUCCUCAAGUACAAUUCCUAGCGAAAGCAACAGCCCUGAUAUGCCAACAUACAUGAAAUUUACAGAAUUCAGUGAUAUCAAUUUACCAGACACUGAUUACAAUGCUGGCUUUAAACCUCUAUGCGAAGCAAUAGAAGAAGAAGAUGAAACUCAAAUAGAAGAAUCUCCUAUAAAACCGAAAAUUCCAACAAUUUCUAUAUCAGACUAUGACGAGGAAAAAUACAGAGAAUACAGUGAGCAGUUCGACAGUGAUGAUUCUGAACUUUACAUCAGCGAGGGGAAUGAUUAUGAACAGUACUUUUAUGAUCAACAAUACCAUGUUGAUGAUGAUGACACCAUUCCACAAUAUUCAGAUCCCAACAACGGCGGAUUUGAAUCCCAUCCUGAUGAGGAAGUCAUCCUAGAGGAAUCAUAUGGUUACGAAGCUUCGGAAACUAGUUCACAUACUACUACAGAUGUCCAUGACGCAACUGGUGAAGUCAAAGAUCCGAUAACAAAUUACGAAACUCCCGGUAAUCACGAUUCUGAUAUGAGAAUGAAAAGUGAAUCCGAUGAAGCAUUAACAAGCACGAAAAAAAUUGAAAUUCCUGGAAGUGGACACAGAACAGAAGUGGAAAGUGAUAUUUCAUAUGAUUUGCCGUUUGUAAAUAACAAUACUGGAAUUCUUGAUGCUCAAUCCGAUGACUACAACAUAGUGAUAGACUCUGAAACACUAGAUAUAACUCUUACAAACGACGAUGUCACUUUAACACCUAUCUCGCAUGAUACAUUGUAUAAUGAUACUGGAUUAGUUGAACCAAAUGUUUCCGAGAUAUCAGAAGGAACAAAUGACGACAUGGUAAUAUCAACUAAAAUCAUUGAUAAAGCGACAUCAAUAAUAACAGACGCAAUGUCCAAAGCUAUGGAGAGUUUUCUCGAUGCUGAUCGAAAUGCCGGUGUUCAUAAGGAUUCAGGGGACAUAGCACCAUCCGAUGAAAGCUAUCAAGUCGUUACAAUGUCGUUAAAUAAUGAAAAUAUCAACACACUGGACAUUGCAAACAGUGAAGAAAUUGGUAGGCCAGGUAAUGACUUCAAAUCAACGAAUGAAAACAGUGAUCUCGAGGUUGUAGGUGGGGACAUUCCAAGCUCUAUAUCGUUCGAAACACCGGAAGAUAUUUCUGAUCUCAAAGAAAUAGACAUAUUGACUAAGUCUGAAAACACAAAUGAAGUACAGACGUAUACUGAUCAUUUUACUCUUGAUGACGAAACUGGGAAACCACGUGAUGGUUCUAUGACUGAGAACAUUCACAGUCCGAGUCAUAGACAAAUUGAAUUGAUACAACAACUCGGAGCUGAGUUGGUUGAAACAGUAACGGAAGCUAUCGAAGCACUUUCUGCUGAAGAAUCUUCAGACGAACUUGCAGACGACAAACAAACUGAUAAAACUCUAAGCACUGCAACAGAUAAGUUUGUCAAUGAAAGAAAAGAAUCACAAUCUCCACCAAAAAGCAAAGAAAUAUACAUGGAAUCUGCAAAUGAUUUGGACGUUGAAAACAAAAGAAAUGAUAUAUCCUAUAUUGAAGAUGAGAAUCAAUCUGUAUCUGAAAAUUCUAAACCAUUAGAUGAGACAAUUGACGAUGAAGCAGAAACAAGUGCAAUGCCUAUCUCUACAGCUGUCGUGUUAGAUGAUAUUGCAGCAAAAAUAGUAUUAGAAGCGAUUAUGGAAUCACCCCCUAUUGGAACUAUUCCUGAUACGUCCGAUUCAACAGAAUAUUCCAAUGAAGGGAAUACAUCUGAAACCCAAGAAUUACAUGAUGUUCAAGCCGAUGAUCAAACUGUAAGUCAUGUUUCGAAAGAAACAAUACCUUCCAGUAUAUCUGGAGAUACCAAGCCAGACAAAGACAAUUCUGACAUUCCGGUCACUAUGUUAUCAUUCUCCGAAGACGUGUAUCCAUUAUCUUCAGUUAACACACAAGAAACUACUGAAGACUAUCAUAAACCUAAAUCCGGAGAUAGCGUUACUAUGAAAGAAAAAAAGCCAGCAAAGAAAAUAAAGAGUAUAAAGAUAAAGAAGUCAGGUCAAAGUAUUAAAAAAAGUAAGAUCUCCACAGAUGCAGACAUACAAACAACAACUAGUUCCGAAGACUUGUCUAAUACUGAAAGAAAGUCAAGAGCAUCGACGAAAAGAAAAGUUAUAAAGAAAAAAACUGACGUUGUCGGUAAAAUUAGCAAUGUGAAAUCAAACGAAAAUAAAGAAGGACAUGAUAUUGAAGCUGUGCAAAAUCUUGAAGAAAUUCAAGAGUCUAUCGGUGAAAGUCAGCCGGCAGAAAGUUCAAACAGUGCGUCAGUUGAUGCGCUAGGAGAGUCUCAUAUGGAGGAAAAACCAAAUGAUGUUGAAAAACAAUCUUUGAAUCUGGCUGGUGAUAUUGAUCCAGAUAUACAAAACUCAGACAGAGCACUUGAAAGUGAUGAAAUGCUUUCAUUGGGGGAUAUAUUGUUAGAACUGAGAAUAAACAGUCUCUCUGAUAAAACAAGAACUGUGUCUGAUCCGAUACGUAUAUGUGAUUCUCCAGAAUUGCGAAAUAAAGUAACUCAAGCGGAAACUUCUGUUUUAGGUACAAUGGCUGAAGAUGAUGGUUCCGCACACGUCGCCCCUGAAACAGGCAUAAAUACGGAAAGGGGUGAAAGAAAAGAGACAGAUGGCAUGCUUGCCUUUUCUGGUGAAACUUAUGAUCUUCAACAAGAAACAAUCGAAGAUACGGCUGCUGAAUUGCAAUCAAACACAUUGCAUGACGCUACGUCUGAGAAAGAUUCAGAUGAAAUAUCUGCGAGUAAAUCCAUCGAAUCAGACGAAGUUACUUUCAUAUCCGACACCGAAGGUUCACUUCUAGUGUUGCAAAAGACAGAAACUAAAAAGGAAGAAGAUAUAAAUAAGCACGACAUCGAUAAUGAGUUUGUCGCACAAGAUGCCGAAAAUGUCGAAAGAAACGAGACGGAACAUGAAAUGUUACACAUGCAAUCAAUACCCGAGGAACCUGAUAGCCAGGAUGAAAAUGCUGCUGCGUCAAUACCUCAAGAUUUACAAUACAGUGAACACCCCGUGCUUGCUCCGAUUAAAGAGGAAGAGGCCGACGAAAUAUAUAAGUCAGAAUAUAGUGACGCAUCGAGUUCCAUAACGGAGAUCACAAAAGAUACAAUUUUAUCUGUGACCUCAGUGAAUUUAGAAAACGAACCCUCAUUCCAUAUAGACUCAGCAGACAGAGAUACUUUGCACUCUGCAAUUAAUAUGAGGGAAUUAAUUGAUGAUGAGGAUGACAAACUUUCACUUUUUGACAUCCUGGCAGAACUUAACUAUGAAGCAAAUCCAAUGACUGGGGACUUGCAAGAUACAGAAAAUCCAAUUUUUUUGUCACAAACUGAGGAAAAGAGUGGUGAAAGGAAAGUUUGGUAUUCGGAAGAGAAAUCUACUCAUUUGUCCGCGGAAGAAAAAGAUACGACCUCCGUCGUGCCUGAAUACGACAAUGACAUUACCAGUCAAAAAUUACAUAUCGUUGAACAAGAAGAAAUAAAGUUUGCACCUCAAGAUGUAAACGUCGAUACAACACACGAUAGAUCAGACGACAUAAUAAAAUCACCUCAAGGUACAAUGUACGAAGGCGAAAUAGAUGGAACAUCGCAAAUGCUGAAAGAAGAUAUACCAUUGGUCGAAAAGGUAGAUGACUACUUCACUGGUAAUGUAAUAGACAUUAGUCAAUUCAUUCACGAAGACACCAGGGGUGUCGAAGAAAAUACCGCAUACCAAGAAAGCAUGGGUUUUGAUUACGAUGCUGGCUUUUCAGCUGAUUUCAAUACACAAGCUAAUGAUGGUGAGAUUUCAAAUGUAGUUGCUACGGAGAAUCUCGAAAGUACCAAUGCAAAUAUGGAACAAAAUACCGACUUUGAGAAAACUGAACCGAUUAUUUCCGCUGGUUACCAACAAGAAUUGGUAAAGGAAGUGGAAACCAAUUUAGAAAUGGGAACUGUCAGCCUUGAAAAUGAGACUGCAAACUUAACUCAUACAGAAACAUAUGGCAGUAAUGAUGCAGAAAAAAAAGUUGUUAAAGAUUUUAAAAACUCAGACGAAAAUAUCUCUAUUAACGAGGAAGUCGAGGAAACAGUCGUUGAGAGUAGUUUUACUCCAGUUGGAAUGGGUAUCAACGAAACACACGAAAAUGCAGACACGCUUUCGACGGACGAUUCGAGUAGCGAUCGAAAGCAUGGCGAAAGUGUAGAAAUUGAUGCUACACUUCCUGAGGUGUUGCCAAUAGAACACAAACAUGAGGACGACGUACACGCUCAAGAUAGCUCAAAUGAAGAAGGUAAUAAAAACAAAAAAGAUGAUUGGCUAAAGGCAGCUAGCACUGAAAAUGUAAAUCAAGACCUCGCACUAUCUGUUGAAGAGGCAGUUGAGAAUAUUACUGGCCAUGCUGAGGAAGAUUCAAGCAAAAAUCAAGUGCACGUCAAAAAUGUUGAUAUUGAUACAAUAUUUCCUGAGGAAUCGUCAUUAAAAGACCUCGACGACAGAGAUUUACAAGCAUAUCUCAGCUCCAAGGAAGAACAUGCAAGUGGCGAGCAAGAACCUAAUGUUGUCAAAAUCAUGAAAACUGAAAUGCUACUUGAUAGCACAAAAGAAUCCAAUUUAGAAAAAGGUAAAGUGGAUUUGGAAAAAGAGAAUGGAAGCCUAGAACGUGUUGAUCUGGAUAAAAAUACUAUUGUCAAUGCCAACCAAAAUCUUCACGAAGACAUUCAAAUUUCCACAGAAAAUAUUAUACCUCUCAAAAUAACGGAGGAAACAAAAGACGAAGAUGAUUUCACCAAACUGUCAGUGAUUAACCAAUCAACAAGCGAAAACAUUGUCACUCAAUCAAUGCUAUAUUCAAGUAACGAUCAAAAUGACCGUGAACAUAGAGAUGUUGAUACAACGGAUUCAAGUAAUGAGCAAAUGCAAGUCGAACAUAUAGAAAUUGAGGCAAAUGUUUCCCAGGAGUUUCCAAUAGAGCUGCAAGAUGAUACUGGUAUGCAAACGCAAUUUGGCUCCAAUGAAGACCGCAUAAGCGCCGGGGAAGAAACUGUUUUUUCCCAAAAUAUUAAAACGGAGACAACCACUGAUACCACAAAAUCUGAACGGAAGAGUAGAAAAGUUGUUAAGAAAAUUAAAAAACCGUCAGAAGAUAACAAAAAGUCGGAAUCGUCAAUUAAAAAAGUCUCUGUUCGACGUAAAGUUGUUAAGAAGCCCAACGUUGCAAUUAAACUGACAGAUGCUGAUCAAGAAGAAACUGAAAUUGUUGUUCCGGGUGAUGUUCCAAAUCAACAAGAGUUGGCAAACGUGACAGAACCCGAUUUGGCGAUAACACCUGUUGAUAUGGACAACGAGAUUGAAAACAAAACACAUGUUGAGCUAGAAACAUAUAAUACCGAGCAAGAAAAAUCUUUGUCUGAUGAAGUCAUUAAAGACAAAGAGUUGAUAAAAGAUGAAAAAGCUGAUUUGGAGAUGAGUUCUGUUGACCUGAACAAUGUGACUGAUGACAAAACGCACGAUCAGCUGCAAACAUAUCGCACUGAUGAUGUUAAUCAAAAUCUAGGCCAAGACUUUAAUAUUUCAGCGGAGUCUGCCGCGCCUCAGGAUGUAAAGGAUGAAGCAAAAUUUGACGACAAUUCUACCAUAACCACAGUUGUUAACGACGAAUCAAAUGGAAACGUUACCACAUAUUCGUUAGGUGAAUCAAGUAAUGACCUAAUGCAAGUUGAACAAGACAAAACUGAUACAAAAGUUUUCGAAGAGUUGCCGAUAAAUUCACAAGAUGAUACGGACUUGCAAGCACAAUUUGGCUCCAAUGAAGAUAGCAUAAGCGCCGGGGAAGAAACUGCUGUUGCCCAAAAUAUUGAAACUGAGACAACCAUUGAUACCACAAAAUCUGGUCGAAAAAGUAAAAAAGUUGUUAAGAAAAUUAAAAAACCGUCAGAAGAUAACAAAAAGUCAGAAUCACCAAUUAAAAAAGUCUCUGUUCGACGUAAGGUUGUUAAGAAACCAAACGUUGCAAAUAAACUGACAGAAGAGAAGGUUGACAAAACAUAUAAUGAAAAAGAUGCUGAUCACGAAGAAACUGAAAUUGUUGUUCCGGAUGAUGUUCCAAAUCAACAAGAGUUGGCAAACGUGACAGAACCCGAUUUGAUGAUAAAACCUGUUGAUAUGGACAACGAGAUUGAGAACAGAACACAUGAUGAGCUAGAAACAUAUAAUACUGAGAAUACCACCCAAGAAAAACCUUUGUCCGAUGAAAUCAUAAAAGACAAAGAGUUGAUGGAAGAUGCAGAAGCAGAUUUGAAGAUGAGUUCUGUUGACCUGAACAAUGUGACUGAUAACAAAACGCACGAUCAGCUACAAACAUAUCGCACUGAUGAUGUUAAUCAAAAUCUUGGCCAAGACUUCAAUAUUUUAGAGGAGUCUGCCGCGCCUCAGGAUGUAAAAGAUGAAACAAAAUUUGACGACAAUUCUACCAUAACCACAGUUGUUAACGACGAAUCAAAUGAAAACGUUACCACAUAUUCGUUAGUUGAAUCAAGUAAUGACCUAAUGCAAGUUGAACAAGACAAAGCUGAUACAAAAGUUAUUGAAGAGUUGCCGAUAAAUCCGCAAGAUGAUACAGACUUGCAAGCACAAUUUGGCUCCAAUGAAGAUCGCAUAAGCGCCGGGGAAGAUACUGCUGUUGCCCAAAAUAUUGAAAAUGAGACAACCAUUGAUACCACAAAAUCUGAACGGAAAAGUAAAAAAGUUGUUAAGAAAAUUAAAAAACCGUCAGAAGAUAACAAAAAGUUGGAAUCAUCAAUUAAAAAAGUCUCUGUUCGACGUAAGGUUGUUAAGAAACCAAACGUUGCAAAUAAAAUGACAGAAGACAAUGUUGAUAAAACUUAUAAUGAAAAAGAUGCUGAUCAAGAAGAAACUGAAAUUGUUGUUCCGGAUGAUGUUCCAUAUCAACAAGAGUUGGCAAACGUGACAGAACCCGAUUUGGCAAUUAAACUUGUUGAUAUGGAUAACGAGAUUGAGAACAAAACGCAUGUUGAGCUAGAAACAUUUAAUACUGACAAUACAGACCAAGAAAAACCCUUGUCCGAUGAAGUCACAAAAGACAAAGAGUUGAUGAAAGAUGCAGAAGCUGAUUUGAAGAUGAGUUCUGUUGAUCUGAACAAUGUGACCGAUAACAAAGCGAACGAUCAGCUACAAACAUAUCGCACUGAUGAUUUUAAUCAAAAUGUUGGCCAAGACUUCAAUAUCUCAGAGGAGUCUGCCGCGCCUCAGGAUGAAAAGGAUGAAACAAAAAUUCACGACAAUUCUACCGUAGCCACGGUUGUUAACGACGAAUCAAAUGAAAACGUUACCGCCUAUUCGAUAGGUGAAUCAAGUAGUGAGCAAAUGCAAGUUGAACCCAUAGAAGUUGAUGCAAAAGUUUCCGAUGAGUUGCCGAAAGAACCGCAAGAUAAUACUGAUUUGCAAGCGCAAUUUGGCUCCGAUGAAGAUUGCAUAAGCGCCGGGGAAGAGACUGCUACUGCCCGAAAUAUUAAAACUGAGACAACCAUUGAUACCACAAAAUCUAAACGAAAAAGUAAAAAAGUUGUUAAGAAAAUUAAAAAACCGUCAGAAGAAAACAAAAAGUCGGACUCACAAAUCAAAAAAGUCUCUGUUCGACGUAAGGUUGUUAAGAAACCAAACGUUGCAAAUAACCUGACAGAAUACGAGAUUGACAAAACUUAUAAUGAAAAAGAUGCUGAUCAAGAAGAAACUGAAAUUGUUGUUCCGGAUGAUGUUCCAAAUCAGCGAGAGUUGACAAACGUGACAGAACCCGAUUUGGUGAUAAAACCUGUUGAUAUGGACAACGAGAUUGAAAACAAAACACAUGUCGAGCUAGAAACAUAUAAUACUGACAAUACAGACCAAGAAAAACCCUUGUCCGAUGAAGUCACAAAAGACAAAGAGGUGAUAAAAGAUGCAGAAGAUGAUUUGAAGAUGAGUCCUGUUGAUCUGAACAAUGUGACUGAUAACAAAGCGCACGAUCAGCUACAAACAUAUCGCACUGGUGAUCUUAAUGAAAAUCUUGGACAAGACUUCAAUAUCUCAAAGGAGUCUGGCGCGCCUCAGGAUGUAAAGGAUGAAACAAAAAUUGACGACAAUUCUCCCGUAACCACAGUUGUUAACGACGAAUCAAAUGAAAACCUUACCGCAUAUUCGAUAGGAGAAUCAAUUAAAGACCGAAUGCAAGUUGAACAUAUAGAAAUUGAUGCAAAAGUUUCCGAUGAGUUGCCGAUAGAACCGCAAGAUGAUACAGACUUGCAAGCACAAUUUAGGUCCAAUGAAGAUGGCAUAAGCGCCGGGGAAGAGACUGCUGUUGCCCAAAAUAUUAAAACUGAGACAACCAUUGAUACCACAAAAUCUGAACGGAAGAGUAAAAAAGUUGUAAAGAAAAUUAAAAAACCGUCAGAAGAUAACAAAAAGUCUGAAUCAUUCAGUAAAAAAGUUUCUGUUCGACGUAAGGUUGUUAAGAAGCCCAACAUUGCAAUGGAACUGAAAAAAGACGAAAUUGGCAAAACUUUUGAUGAAAAAGAUGCUGAUCAAGAAGAAACUGAAAUUGUAGUUCCAGAUGAUGUUCCAAAUCAACAAGAGUUGACAAACGUGACAGAACCCGACUCGGUGAUAAAACCUGUUGAUAUGGAAAACGAGAUUGAAAACAAAACACAUGUUGAGCUAGAAACAUAUAACCAAGAAAAACCUUCGUCCGAUGAAAUCAUAAACCCCAAAGAGGUGAUAAAAGAUGCAAAAACUGAUUUGAAGAUGAGUUCUGUUGACCUUAACAAUGCGACUGAUAACAAAGCACACGAUCAGCUACAAACAUAUCGCACUGAUGAUGUUAAUCAAAAUCUUAGCCAAGACUUCAAUAUCUCAAAAGAGUCCGGCGCGCUUCAGGAUGCAAAAGAUGAAAUACAAAUUGACGACAAUUCUACCGUAACCACAGUUGUUAACGACGAAUCAAAUGAAAACGUUAUCGCAUAUUCAAUAGGUGAAACAUGUAAUGAGCAAAUGCAUGUUGCAGAUAUAGAAAUUAAUGCCAAAGUUUCCGAAGAGUUGCCGAUAGAAUCGCAAGAUAAUACAAACUUACAAGCACAAUUUGGCUCCGAUGAAGAUCGCAUAAGCGCCGGGGAAGAGACUGCUGUUGCCCAAAAUAUUAAAAAUGAGACAACCAUUGAUAUCACGAAAUCUGAACGGAAAAGUAAAAAAGUUGUUAAGAAAAUUAAAAAACCAUCAGAAGAUAACAAAAAUAUGGAAUCACCAGUUAAAAAGGUUUCUGUUCGACGUAAGGUUGUUAAAAAGCCUAACGUUGCAAUUAAACUAGGUGAAGACGAGGUUGUUAAAAUUAAUAAGAAACAAGGGGGCGAUGGUGAGGAAGCCACAAAUAUCAUCUCCGAUGAGGCUCAGAAUCAACAUAAGUUGAUAAACGUUGCAGAAAUAAAUUUGGAAAUGCAGUCUGUUGAUACGGACAACGAGAUUGAAAACAAAACACACAUUGAGCCAGAAACUUAUUACACUGACAAUGUCAUUUUGAAUCUUAGCCAAGAUUUACAAAACCCCCAAAAAUAUGCCUUACUUGGUGAAGUAAUUGAUGAACCAAAAACAAAAGAUAGAUUAACCGAAACUGCGGCCACGAUGGUCGAAACAAGCGAUAACAUCACCGCCCAGAUUAUGGAAGUUACAAGUAGUAAUCAAAUGCAUGUAGAAAAUGACACAAUAGGGUCUGGGGAGUUGGCGAUAAAACUUCAAGACGAUAAGGAUGUGCAAACUCAAGUUGUAUCUGCCGAAGAACGUACAGGUGACGAGCAAGAGAUUGCUGACGCCAAUAAUAUUAAAAGUGAAACAAACAUUGAUACUACAAAAUCUGGACGGAAGAGUAGAAAAGUUGUGAAGAAAAUUAAAAAAACAUUGGAAGGUGACAAAAAAUCGGAUUCACCACAUAAAAAGAUUUCCGUUAGGCGUAAAGCAACAAAGAAACAAGGCGAUGAAGUGAAAGUUGCAGAAGACGAAGUUGCCACGGGUAAUGCGGAAAAUCAAGAUAACCAAGAAAACUCUGAAACUGCUAUCUCCGAUAAAGUGCAAGAUCACGAAGAGUUGAAUAAAGAUGCAGUAACCGAAUUGAAGAACGCCUUUGUUGACGUGGAUAAUGCGACUGAUAACAAAGCAUUUGAUCAGCUCCAAACAUAUCUUACUGGGGAUGACAAUCAAAAUCUUGUCCAGGACUCUGAUAUCACAAAGAAAUAUGCCGUGCCCCAGGAUGCAAUGGGUGACACAGAAAUUGAUGAUAAUUCAACCAUAACCAUAGUUACAGCAAAUGAAAACGUUAUCGCAUAUUCGACAAAUGAUUCAAGUAACGAUCAAAUGCAAGUAGAACAAAUAAAAUUCGAUGCAAUAGUAUCCGAGGAGUUCCCGAUGGAACUCCAAGACGAUAUGGAUGUAAAAGCACAAAUUGUCUCAACUGCCGAAGACCGCGUAGACGGCGGGCAAGAGACUGCUGUUACCGAAGGUAUUAAUAAAGAGACUACCAUUGAAAUCAUAGAACCUGAUCGGAAGAGUAAAAAAGUUGUGAAAAAAAUUAAAAAACCGUCGGAAGAAAACAAAAAGUCGGAAUCAUCAGUUAAAAAAGUUUCUGUUCGACGAAAAAUUAAAAAACAUGCAGAAAAAGAGGUUGGUAAAGUUAUUGAUGAGAAAGAUGCUGAUAAAAGAGAAACUGAAAAUGUUAUCCCGGAUGAUGUUCAAAAUGAACAAGAGUUGGCAAACGUUUCAGAACCGCAUUCGGUGAUAAAACCUGUUGAUGCGAACAACGAGGGUGAAAACAAAACGCAAAUUGAGGUGGAAACAUAUAAUGCUGACAAUGUUAAUUUAAAUCCCAGCCAAGAUUUUCAAGGCCUAAAAGAAUAUGUCUUGCCUGAUGAAGAAAGUGAAGAAACAAAAACGGAAGGUAGUUCAGCCGAAAAUGCAGUCAUGAAAGACAAAACGAAUGAGAACAUAACAACCCAAUUUCUGGAAGAUUCAAAUAACAACCAAAUGCACCAAGGUAAUGUAAAAUUCCAUACAGUGGGGUCCGGGGAGUUGUCCAUUAAACUCCCAGACGAUGUAGGCGUUGUUUCUACUGAAGAACGUACAUGCGAUGAGCAAGAGACUGCUGUCGCCAAACAUAUUGAAAUUGAGAUAAACAUUGAUACUGCAAAAUCUGAACGAAAGAGUAAAAAAGUUGUAAAGAAAAUUAAAAAGCCCAUGAAUAAUGACAAUAAGUCUGAUAACCCACCGAAAAAAAUUUCGAUUAGGCGCAAGAUUAUUAAGAAGCCAAAAGACACAGAGGACCCUAGUGAAGAUGUGUCUGACAUAAUAGGUACAGAACAACAAACUAUUGAUGAAACUGAAAAAAUGGCCCACACUGACAUUCAAACUCCACAACAAGAGUUGUUGAAAGUUUCAGAAGGCAAUUUACAAAUAGAUGCAUCAGAUCUAAUUACAGACAAUGAAAAUAAAAUAGACAUUGAUCAACAAGAACAUAAAAGAGAUGAUCAAAAUAAUCACGAUGAUUUCCCAAUGUCACCAGAACACGUUUUGCCUGAUGAAGUACCCGAUGAUAAAAACGUCGUGAUGAAUCGCACUCAAAAUUUAGACAAAGAAGAACAAGAAACGAGUCAAUCCUCGAAUUUAAAAGCCGAUCUACCGGACGGUGAAGAAGAUAUUGUUGCCGCAAACGAAUCACUUCCCGAAACACUCAAUUUGGAAAGUACCGCGAACGAACUACCAGCUACUGAUGUUCACAUAGAUUUGACAGAAAAAUCAGACAAUUUGGAACUUGAUGGAACAGAUCUAGAUCCGUUGGCGACUGCCCAACUGCACGAUGCCCAUAGCACCAAGAAAAUUGUCAAAAAAACGAAAACACUUUCCACAGCCGGGGAGAGUUUAAAAAAACCAUCCGUCAGGCGAAAGGUCAUCAAGAAGAAAGAAAAAUCAAACAAAGAAGUUUCUCAAGAUAGCGAAAUUGAAACUAGCAAAGAAAACCCCAAAGGGUCGACCGAAAAUAAGGAGGGAGAGUAUCUUAUGGAAGAAAUUGAUUCCGGAACUAAAGCGUCAGUGCCUGUUGAAACAAGCUGUAAUUUGACUCUAAAAACUAUUUCUUCUAAUCUAACCAUGACGGAAGAUGGAGGGGACAUUGCUGAAGCAAAGCCAUCUAAAAAAAGCAUAAAGGUAUUGAAGAAAUCGGUGAAAAAAGACCUGGACGAAAAGGAUUCGAACAAAGACGAUUCCCCAACACCAAAGAAAAGUUCCACUCGCCGAAAAGUCGUAAAGCGCACAAAAUAAUAAAACUAUGCACGGGAGGUGGACUUUUCA